UCUCUUCUUCAGGACUGUCUUCGCUAGAGACAGGCUGAAACGGCAUCAUGGCGGCCCUCAGACCCCUAACCAAACCUAAGAUCGUCAAGAAAAGGACCAAGAAGUUCAUUAGACAUCAGUCUGACCGCUAUGUCAAGAUCAGGGCAAACUGGAGAAAACCCAGAGGUAUUGACAACAGAGUGCGCAGACGCUUCAAGGGUCAGAUGUUGAUGCCCAACAUUGGUUAUGGAAGCAACAGGAAGACCAAACACAUGCUGCCCUCUGGAUUCAAGAAGUUCCUGGUCCACAAUGUCAAGGAACUCGAAGUCCUCAUGAUGAGCAACAAGAGUCAUUGUGCAGAGAUCGCUCACAACGUGUCCUCAAAGAACAGAAAGCUCAUCGUUGAACGGGCCGCACAGCUGGCAAUCAAGGUCACAAACCCCAACGCCAGACUCCGCAGCGAGGAGAACGAAUAAUCUGGAUAUCUUGUUGUCUUUUCAAUAAAGUGUAAAAUGUUAAAAAAAAAAAAAAACAA